GAAACAAACAAAACAGACCCAAAAAAAACACACACAUCACUGAGUGUCCCCUCACAAACCCUAAUCACCCCAAGUCCCAACCACCUUCUUUUGCUGCUUCUACUGUCACAGUGACCAAGCUCCUUCUUUGGCCUAAAACAACUCAAAAGGAACCCUUUUUUCUUUUUAUGCAUACCCACUAAAAUUUUUCCACUAGUUCAGCUCAAUAGCUCAUGGUUCUUCUGCUCACCAGCAUCAUUGAUUCAAAGGGCAAGUAAAAAUUCAAUCUUUUUAUGAUAUCUUUGCAUUUUCAAUCAAUAUUUGAUACCCCAGUUCAUCUUUUAGUUUAGGGUAUUGAGUUGUUUUUGUUGGCCUGGUGAGGUUUGUGUGUGGGGUAAUAUUUGGAGUUAGGUUUUGAUUGGUGAGAGAGAGAGAGGAGAAGCAGUUAUGGUGACUGCUGAGAAUGAGAUUGGUGUUGAGGAUCAUCAGAAGGAGGCUAGUGCUCCAAAGUCUCCAUGGAAGACACCUGUAGCUGAUGAUGGGAAUGGAGCUGAGGUUUCUGUGAUGAUGGGGAAUGAGUCUUGGCCUGCUCUUUCUGAUGCACAGAGACCCAAGAAUGUUGAUUCAGUUGUUGCUAAGUCUGAGGAUUCAGCAGCUUCUGUGAAAAGUGUUGUUGAGGUUUCUCCGAGGCCUCCUACACUGCAGCAGAAGUCGAAUGGUCCUGGAAACAAUCCGUUACAUAAGAUGCCAUCCCGCCAUCAGAAACCAGGCGCUAAGCGCAACCCAAGUGGUGCACCUCCCUUUCCUAUACCAAUGCCUUAUCAUCAACCAGCAGUUACUCCGGUUUAUCAGAUGGUGCCUGCGCCACAUCUUGCCAUUCCCGGAUAUGGUUUCCCUCCUGGUCCUGGGCCUUAUCCAAGUGUUGAGAACGCUAUGGUGAAACCGGGGUCUCAGUCACCAAGACCAGCUUUUGGCCCACCUGCUCAUCCUGUCGAUGCCAAAAAUGCUCCGCCGUCCCCACGAGGGGAUCCAAAUGCAUACUCUGCUAAUUUUUCUACUGGAAGACCAAAUAUGCAAGAACAAGGUGAACACUUAAAUCACGGUUGGCAUCAUCAAAGGCCUUUCCCUGCCAGAGCAAACAUACCAAUGCAACAGGGUAUGGGCCCGAGGAACUUUGUAAGACCUCCAUUUUUCGGUCCCACUCCAGGAUAUAUGGUUGGUCCUGGCUUUCCGGGACAUGUUCCAGUAUGGUAUGGCCCCCCCAUGCCACCUCCUCUCCCCAUUAGAGGAACCCCUCCUCGACAUUUUGUUCCGUAUCCUGUCAGUCCAUCUUCUCAGUCACUGCCUCCAGAAACCAUAGCUUUGAGGGCUAGCAUUGUUAAACAGAUAGACUACUAUUUUAGUGAUGAAAAUCUGCAGAAUGAUCAUUACCUUAUUUCCUUGAUGGAUGACCAAGGAUGGGUUCCAAUAUCCAUUGUAGCUGGCUUUAAAAGGGUCAAGAAGAUGAGCACUGACAUACCUUUCAUCCUUGAUGCACUUCAGAGUUCUGAUGUUGUGGAAGUGCAGGGUGACAAAAUAAGGAAAUACAAUAACUGGUCAAAAUGGAUCCGAGGUUCUUCAGGAAAUUUAGGAUCAUCUGCUGAACAGAUACAACCGAGGCAAGUCGUAGAAGAUGCUUUGAAAUCUUCAGAGAAUACGGAAGUUGAUGGAGAUAAGACCAAGGAUAUUUCUGAAGCAAAUUUUAAAGAUGCUGCUCAAAACCAUAUCCAGUCAAACACAGAUACUUCACAAUCUUCGCAUAUGAAUCAUGAGCAGGAUAGUGAGAUCCAUCAUUCAAAGAAUAAUUCUCACGCAGCAACUGGUCAAAGAGUCAAAUACUCUAAUCACAAUACAACCAAUAGUAAUUUAAGCUUCUACUACAAAGAAACUGAUGCCAAAAUAUUUGAUGAUACUGAGACUGGAAAUGCGGAUUUUUCGGCUGAUACGGAUAUUAGAGACCUUUCCAAUGAUUUCGGUCAUACAUUUAUGCUUGAUGAAGAGAUAGAGCUUGAGCAGAAGAUGCAAAAGAAGACUGAGGUUUCUUCUCCUAGAAGGAUGGAUGAUGACGAUGAUGAGAUGGCUGUCAUUGAACAAGAUGUACAGAGACUUGUGAUCGUUACCCAGAAUAAUGAUUCUAAACAAGGGUCCAGAGGUUCUGGUAAAGAAUCAAAAUCCCUCUCCAAUGAGCUUGCUUCUGCAAUAAACGAUGGGCUUUAUUUCUUUGAGCAGGAACUGAAACAUAGACGGUCUAAUCGUAGAAAGAAUAAUAAUGAUGAUAGAGAUCGAAACUUAAAAUCUCCAAGCCAUACUUCAGGAGUAUCUAAUACUGGUGGAAGCGGCCUGCAUGAAGAAUCUGGAAGCAGUAAUUCUCGAAGGAAACAGAAAACUUAUCACAAGCAAUCAUCUUAUAUAAAGCAGCGCUUUUUCUCUAGCAAUUUUAGAAAUCAUGGAACCGCUCGUAACUCCACCGGGAUCAUAUCUGAAAGCCCACCUAGUAAUUCGGUUGGGUUUUUCUUUGCUUCCACACCUGAAAAUCAUUGUCUCAAACCCUCCAAAUUGAGUAGUUCGCCGCAUGGUGGUCUUUCGAGUAGUUCUCCUGUGGGCUCCAUGCCAAAAUCUUUCCCACCUUUUCAGCAUCCAAGUCACCAACUUUUAGAAGAAAACGGUUUCAAACAGCAAAAGUACGUGAAGUAUCAUAAACGAUGCUUGAAUGAUCGAAAGAAACUUGGAAUCGGUUGCAGUGAGGAAAUGAAUACCCUAUACCGUUUUUGGUGCUAUUUUCUUCGCGACAUGUUUGUUCCUUCUAUGUAUAAUGAAUUUAAGAAACUGGCAAAGGAAGAUGCAGCUGCCAAUUAUAAUUAUGGCAUAGAAUGUCUUUUCAGAUUCUACAGUUAUGGUUUGGAGAAGGAAUUCAGGGAAGAUCUGUACAAGGAUUUUGAACAGCUUACUCUGGAAUUCUAUCAGAAGGGAAAUCUCUAUGGCUUGGAAAAAUACUGGGCAUUUCACCACUAUCGCAAGGCACGCGAACCGUUGAAUAAGCACCCUGAGCUGGACAGGUUGCUCCGAGAAGAAUACCGAAGUUUGGACGAUUUCCGCGCCAAAGAAAAGCACACGGUGAAAGAGGACGCCGAUUAGGCCCUGAGUGUCCCAAUUUUGAUGGCAUCCCAAUUUUGAAAAGAGCUCUAACAACUUUUUAACAUUGUGUGUUUGGAGUAGCAGCCUUGCUUUUUGGGUUUGAAUGCAAAAGAAAGGGGAAGAUUGUUUUUUUUUUUUUUGUUCAAAUAUUUAUAAAAACUGUGGUUUUGAUGAUGCAGGGUUGCUGAUUGCCAAGUUUCUUCUUCUUUUGAUGGAUAUAUCAUUCUAUAUGGUAUACAACUGAUUCCUUUCUUUUUGAGACACUUUGUGGAGACACCCUUUUCUUGUCUCCAAAAAUGUUGUACAUAAGUUGAUAGACUUAGAAGAAAGUUGUGUAACAUUGUCACAUCAUAAGGGAAAUAGGGUCCUUCUUUUUACUUUUGGGAGAGUAAAAAAAGAAAAAAAGAAAGGGGAGGGUUGUACUUAUUUAUGUCUGCCAAAUUUGAACAAUAAGAGUGAGAAUCAUUUUGUAA